AUGCAGAACACUAAUUCCACCACCAGAACACGAAUUGCUCCUGGUGGACCACCCCCACCUCUAGUUGCCCUGCCCCCUGGAAAUCGACCACCCAAUUGCACCCGUCUUCUCUACAAAAUCACCCAAAACACCAGAACCACUANCAGAACACGAAUUGCUCCUGGUGGACCACCCCCACCUCUAGUUGCCCUGCCCCCUGAAAAUCGACCACCCAAUUGCACCCGUCUUCUCUACAAAAUCACCAAAACACCAGAACCACUAGUGCAGAAAAAGAACACCACCUGCAAGGAUCUGUUAUACUUUAUCAGACUUGAUUAUUCAGAACCCUACUUCUUGAUUUUGGACCCAAUAAGAGUUGAUUCAGCCAUUCAUUUUUUUGCUUUCAAAAGUGGGCGAUGUUUGCCUGCAUUUGCUCUUGUGGUCAUGUGUGGUCAAUCUUCCAUUCUUGCUCGCAUUAAGGUCUUAGAGAGGGAACAAAUCAUGAGUAGAUUCCAGGAAGUGACAGCUCACUUGGAACAAGCUUUGAGUGGAAUUUCCUAUGAAAAACUAGACAUAACUGAUGAAGUUAAAGAACAGGUUGAGCUCGUUCUUGCUCAGUUCAAAAGAGCCAAAGGAAGGGUUGAGGCACCAGAUGUUGAGCUGUAUGAGGAUCUGUUAUCCCUCGACAUUACGAGUAAUGAUGCAACUGCAGAUCCAGCUGUACUAAGGACAUUGGUUGAAAAGUUAGAGCUAACUGGAAUAGCUGACCUCACACAAGAAUCAUUAGCUUUGCAUGAGAUGGUUUCUGCCAGUGGUGGGGAUCCAGGGGAGAGCAUAGAGAAGAUGUCAAUGCUACUGAAGAAAAUUAAGGAUUUUGUGCAAACGGAAAUUCCCAACACGGAUUCUCUUGCAAGGGAAAAGUCUAUUCCAUUAACUUGCUCUGGACAAGCAUCCAAGGAUGGAGAUCAGAAAUCCCCAGUUAUACCAGAUGAUUUUCGCUGUCCUAUAUCUUUGGAAUUGAUGAGUGAUCCUGUCAUUGUUUCAACAGGGCAGGUAUUGCAACAGGACCUGCUUUUUAACAGCCUAGUCAAUUGCAUUAUAAUCUAUUCUUUCAUGCCUCUUCUUGACUCAAAACUGGCUGUAUCUUUGAUUUUAGCAUUUACUGUGAGUGCACCCAUAAUUGUUUGAGGUUUUUCUUGGCUUCACUUGCUUAAUGGCAAAACAAUGCCCCAGCUAUGGGAAUACCAUACUUGGGGAGUAGCCAUUAGUUAGGUCUGCUAUGUGAAAUUGCAUAAUCUUGUGAGGAUGGCCUUUUAAUUGAGAAAUUUUAAUUUUGUCAGCAAGAACUAGAAAUUUUGGAUCAUGUCAG